UUUUUUUUUUAAUUUGAAAUAUUUCUAAAUUCAGUCAUGAUUCAAAAGGAUGUUAUCUGUUGCGUGCUCCUGACGAUGAUAAUAAUAUUCAGAGCAGAAGGACAUCAUGGACAUCAUAUGAUUCCUAUUCCUUUUCCAUACUCUACAGGUGGGGGUUAUAAGCAUACGUCUAGUGUAGUUAAUAUACCGAUUCAUCAAGAAAGACUGAUUAUAGUAAAAAAGGCGGGUAAUCAUCAUCAUCAUCAUGGUCAUAGUCAUGGUCAUAGGCAUGGGCAUGAGCACGGCCAUAGUCAUAGGCAUGGUCACGGACAUAAACAUGAACAGUGGCACCAACAUCGCCAUCGGCAUGCUGAAAGCGAUCCUCCUCAUGAAUUCUAUUAUCACAUGCCAUUUCUACUUGAAGGCUACAGUGGUGAUCAUUUUGCUAAUCGCAUUUCUUUUCAUGAAUUCACGAGGGAAAAUCAACCAGCACUCUCACAGGAAUCUGUUUGGUUCGGACACUUGCCAAUGGUUGGUGAAAUAUUCUAAAGAACUGUAUUAGUUCUGAGAAUUGCUCAUCAGAUGGAUUUAUACGGUAUUCAUUUAUGCAAUAGUAAAUUUAUACUAUAUGCACUAAAUCCUCCUUACUUGUAGAGCUUGUGUAGAUAUGUAUAUAAAGACUUCAUUUAUUGUCUCAAGAAGGACUAAUAAAAUUUUGAUUUCA